AUGCAUGAACCUCCUGCUGCCUGCGGAUUUCCAGACAAAGACAAGCUCGUGCGGCGGCCCUGUCAUCUGCCAUCUCCUAAGGUCUCUCAGGCAGCUGCAGAACUCCAGCAGUACUGUAUGCAGAAUGCCUGCAAAGAUGCCUUGCUUGUUGGGGUUCCUGCAGGGAGCAAUCCCUUUCGAGAACCCCGAUCCUGUGCUCUGCUCUGAAAUCAGGGAAGGUCACUGGAGAGUUGCCUUCAAGCCUGACAUGAAUAACAACUGCCUUUCCUUCACAAGAGAAGUCUCUCUCUGUGUCCUAACUUUUGUGUGUCUAAAACAAUGUCCUAAAUAUUUAUCUGUUUGUUCUCGUGUAUCCGUAUUUCACUCUCUUUUGCUAAUGUUCUUAAA